UAUCUGCUAAAACUAUAGCGUUGUGCAUCUCCCUACUCAUCUCUGGUAUUGGAGACUUCUGAUUCCUGUCUGAGAUCUUGCUAGUCAAUGAUCCUGAUAUGUCAGUGGACCUCGAGCGCGAGGAAGAAUAGAUAGAUUGAAAGAGAACGUGCAAUGGAGUCGGUGAGAUUCAGUUGAGUCGCACAGGCGCAAUGCCACAGCGUGUACCAUCAUCGGCGAAACAUCAAUGGGCGUUCAGUACCAGAGUGUAAGAUGGCGGACUGCGAAUCGGAGGUGCAGCGUUCGCCAGCGAGGAACGACGAAGGAAUGAACACGACGGUGACGACGUUGAACAAUGGCCGGUUACCUCAGCAUCCGACGAAUCCACAAAAUUCCUGCCAGGGACAAGGACCGAGGUGCGUCACCAUUUACAAGACAGAAACUGGAUUCGGGUUCAACGUACGAGGACAGGUCAGUGAAGGUGGACAACUCAGGAGCAUCAACGGGGAACUUUAUGCACCACUUCAACAUGUAAGCGCCGUUUUACCUCAAGGUGCCGCUGAGAAAGCCGGCGUACGAAAAGGGGAUCGUAUUCUCGAGGUGAAUAACGUAAACGUCGAAGGUGCCACACACAAGCAAGUUGUAGAUUUAAUAAAGUCUGGAGGUGAUGUGCUGACCUUAACAGUAAUUUCCGUAACGCCCCAAGAAGCUGAGAGAUUGGAACCCUGUGAAGACUUGAGUUACGCAUCAGUCGACUACAGUGAAAAACGAUCGCUACCAAUCAGCGUGCCGGAUUAUCAUGUCCGAGAAAGGAAGCACGAACGUUAUGUGGUAUUCAACGUUCACAUGGCAGGACGUCAUUUGUGCUCAAGGCGUUAUCGAGAAUUCGCUGCCCUCCAUAUGGCGCUUAAAAAGGAAUUUAUUGGAUUCAAUUUUCCAAAAUUGCCUGGAAAGUGGCCAUUCCAACUCAGCGAACAACAGUUAGACGCAAGAAGACGUGGACUGGAACAGUAUUUGGAAAAAGUAUGCGCGGUCCGUGUGAUCGCAGAGAGCGAUGCUAUGCAAGAGUUUCUUACUGACAGGUUUGAGGAGGACGGCGAUCAAGGUCCUGCGGUUGACCUUAAGGUCCUUUUACCUGAUCGGGAGGUCAUUACCGUGACAGUAGCAAAAGCUGCUUCUGCGCGGGAUGUCUACGAUGCCGUUUGCUGCAGAGUGGGCCUCCAUCCGGAAACGGCCAAGUACUUUUACCUUUUCGAAAUCGUCGAGUAUAAUUUUGAAAGAAAAUUGCAACCACACGAACAUCCUCAUACUCUCUAUAUUCAAAAUUAUUCUACGGCAAGUGCAACCUGUUUGGCUAUUCGAAGGUGGCUCUUUAACGUAACGAUGCCACUGAGUGAACAGGCACUGACGUGGAUUUUCUGGCAAGCCGUGGACGAGGUCAAUCGGGGUCACAUCAGUGCCGGCGAAAGACUGUACCAGCUGAAAGCUCUUCAGGACGCAUCGAGAAAGCACGAGUACCUGAAAUUAGCAAGAGAACUUAGUGGUUACGGUGACAUAGUAUUUCCACAUUGCGCCUGUGAUUCGAGAAAGGAAGGACACGUGGUGGCUGCCGUGGGUAUGGCUGCCUUCAAGUUACACGCAGCUAAGGAAGACGGCACCCUGGAGUCUCAGGUCGUCGAAUUCCAAUGGAACGCAAUAGCGAGAUGGGAAGUCGACGAGGAGGGGAUGGCAUUCUGUUUUCAGUAUACUCGUCAGGAUAAUCGACCUCCUAGAUGGCUCAAAGUCUUUACUCCAUACUACACAUUUCUCGCGGAUUGCUUCGAUCGAAUAGCUGAAGAGGCCAAAUGGGACGAUCCUGGAGAAUGACGGAGUCUAUGUAUCUAAUGUGACUUUCCGUCGGUAAGGUAGACAGCGAGUACGUCGCUAGUAAAUAACGAAUAUGUAUCUUCCGGCCUCGUCGAGUUCUCAGCGACUUUCCGGUGUGCCGUUGAGAAGGUGACAUUACCGGUAACGAGGAGUUGCCGUUGGAUUAACGCUUAGGAAUUCCCGACUAAUCGAGAAAAGACUUUAAGAUAAAUCUUCGGCACGUUAAGAUGGAAAAAUUGCCGCAUCGUAGACUUGCACUGUUUCCCUGGUUACAAUUAUUUUUUUAGGUUAUUAUAGAUCUGUUUAGGUUUAAGUAGAGACUGUCUUUCGAACGUCAAACUUAUUUCUUAUAUUUGAAAGACAAUCGUGCCUCACAUCACAUCUCCUCUGCUAUCUGACUUCUUAAGAAUAUCCUCCGGCAGGAAUUAAUGAACACUAUGGUAGCACUUUCGACUUUAGGUUUAAUAAUCUCGUUCGGCCUACGGCGAGAUCGAAUUCUGCGCUGGACCAAUAAUCCCCGCCUAAUCUGUACACUUUGUCUUUUGAAAAGUAGUCCUUAAAUCCUUGUCACAAACAUACAUCAGAGGACAGAAUUAAUUGUGCGUCAUUUGUUACAUAUUUUUUAUUUUUCCUUGUAAGAUUCAGGGACGUACGCGAGGUGCCAUAAAUUUCGAAGGAAUAUUUUGUUAGGCAAAAUAUGAGUAGAAUGAAGCAAAAAUAAAAUUCAAAAUUCUAUUAACGUUAAAAAUUUCGUACGUCUCGUCGUCUUGGCAAGUAUUUCACCCAUAACGUUACAUGCAAAUUAACGUCGCGGUAUGUCAAAACGGGUAUAAGAAUCACGUGAUUUUCGGCGAUGGCGGAGGUGCUGAAAAUUCGAAAAAGAGAACAUAAGAUAAAUAAGAAGAAAAAAAAAACGGUGGACUUUAACGAACACCAUUAACUUUAAUUAUUAGUCUCAAAGUAAUAUCCUCUCUAUCUCUUUCUUAAUAACGCUAAAAUGGUGGCGUUUGCUCCGCUAAUGACGAUCGCGAUUAAAAUAAAAAUGAGGAUGUAAGGAAUGAAACAAAAAUUAAAUUUAGAAAAGAAAAGGAAAACACUGCUCUCAGUCACAGAGAGGUAAACAGAUUUUAGGCGCAAUUUAGCGAAUAUAAAGUAUGAAAGGUAUAUAUAUAUAAAUAUUCACAGAAAUAUAUACUAUAUAUAAAUACCUAUAUACGAUAUUAUAUAUACAUACACAUAUUAUAAUUGUCGUUAACGUUUUGAAACUUUAUUGAAGAGGGUUUUUGCGAUGGCGUUUUACUAACGAUGGAUCAAAAGCGAUUAAUUAAGAUAGUGAUAGAAUGAUGCGAAGGAUGAUUCUGAUGGUUAUACCAGUCGGUGAUAGACCAGGUGAAAAAAAAAAAAACAAGAACAAUGACUAUACACAAUAAUAACAAUAGUAAUAAUAGUCUUAACGGUAGCGAACCUUCGAGUAUUCGAUUUAAGUAUACGUAUUCGUACGCGUUCCAAGACACGAUAUAUAUAUGCUUGCAAACAUAUCGAAUUUAAAACAUAUAAAACAUACGUAUACACAAUGAUUCCUAGUACAUAAGGUCUUUCAUGUAUUCUGUGAAGAAAAAAAAGAAGUGUAUAAAUUGUACGCGGUCUGUUAAAGGCGUACGUAUCGGUAGAAUUCGUCAUUGACGUCGCACGUUCGCUUAAUGAUUAUUCAGGGCGCCGAUUGAUCUGUAUAUAGAAUUGAGAGGUAUAUAAAAUAUAUACAUAACGAUAUCAUAGAAAUUUCACAGGGAUCUAUAUAUGUAUAUAAUGAUUGCGGGUGUAUCAUGCAAUUGUGUAUCAAGGGAUUGUCUGGUAUACAUAUAUAUUUCUUAGAUACUUGAAUGAUCCCGAGUCAUUAAGAGAAAUUGUACAUAGACUGACUCCGAGGAUGAUCAUUAUAUUAUUUAACGAUUUUCAUGCAUAAUAUUCCUUGCACUGUCCUGUAGGCAUUAGACGGUGUCACUGCAAUCAUUCCUAGGCAUAUUUUAAUUGCAUGAUGAUUUUCAAGCCGACGAUGAUUAUCAUGCGUGCUAAUGAUGAUUGUUGUACAAUGAAGCUUUGAGUGACUUUCUUUUUAAAUUCACUGAUUGUAACGAAUCUUGUAAUGGGGCUGAUGUUGUCCUAAGAUUCAUUGUUGGUUUGAUGAUUAUCAUUGAGGCUUGUUCAUCAUCAUUAGUUUAUCUCUGUUACUUUCAGCAUGAUCUUUAUGCCCAAGAUCAAUGACUCUAAGCAUAAUUUUUAUGAAGUUCAAGUCAGAAUGGAAAAUUCGUUUUAUUAAUUAUCCAAUAAUUGAAUUUAGGUGUAAGUUUAAUGAUUGCUAAGCAUAUAGAUGUCGUGGUUUGGUAUUGCGUAAGAGUCAUCGUCGUUCAAAGAGAACCAUACGUCAUUAUGACGGUUGGGAUACAUUCGAUCGGCCUCGAUCAGUGAAAAUACAAUAAUGUAAGAUGUUAUUUUUUUUUGGGCUCCUCGAUUAACAUGAAUUACAAGGGAUCGAAGAGGGAGCAAAGGAAGCGUGCGAAAUAAUGACUCGAAGUCUGUCGAAUCGAUGAUUUAGUCUAGUGAUCGAUGGUAGCGAAUUAGUGAAAAGUUGAAAAGAUCGUUUUCUCGGAUAAAAACGAGCGAAUCUGAAUAUUUGUCAAAAUUUCGACGGGGUUUACGAUAUGUAUUAUUUCAUCGGUCGAUCGACGUUUCGAUUGAUCGUAAUGUAUUAAUCUAUCGCUAUUUAUCUUGUAUCUUUAUUAUCUUUGUCUGUUAUCUCAAUUAUCUAGUGCUACCCUCUUCCCCCUUUGGGUUUUUUAUCUUUUCGCAUACAUUCGUUCAAUUGUAAAAUUGAAAUGAAAAAAGACAAGAAUAUCCAAUCCCUCCCCCCUCCACUUUUUCUCUUAUUUUUUUAGCUGUCUCUCACUUUUUUUUUUAUUGUUCUAUCUUUCAAAAAUAUCGAUACCCGAGAGUGAUCGGUCCGGCGAUCGAUGGAUCGAAUGCAAAUUUGACCCAUGGGAUUUUGCGUUAGGCGAUAAUUUAAUUGUAUUUAUAGUAAGACCAUAUCAUUACGAUUAACGAAUUAGGCGUUAAUUGAUUGUAUAGCGAAAUUAAACGUAGAAUCGUAAAUCAUCCUUUUCUCAGCGCGUUAACGAAUUUUAACGAUCAAAUGAUUGGAUCAUCGACAGGCGUCUUGUUUUUACGCCACUUCUAUUGGCCAUUGAAUUAUAUACUGUUUGCUCGGAAUUUAUUUUGAUUUUUUUUUCGUUUGUUUUUUUUUUUGAAUUUAUCUUUUCUGUUACUCGUCCUAGCCAAGGUAUUAUUUGUAUUAUGUAUUUCUUGGGGGUAAACGUGAAGGCGGUCUUUAGGUUAAAGUUUCAAGAGAAUGGGAGAAUUUUAUUAGGAUCGAUCGUAUUAUUAUUAAUAUUAUUAUUAUUGUUAUCGAGUUAUUCUCUCUGUCCUCGUCGCGAUAACAGUAUCGAGAGAGACGGAAUUUUAUUUUAUGAAACUUUAAUGUAUCUAUUUUUUAUCUAACUUUUAUUCGUUACUCCAUUCAAGAUUCAGGAUACGUAUCUGAAUUUGAUCCUGUGCAAUGGCGUCAUAAUAAAUUAUAUAUAUAUAUAUUUAUUGUAAUAUAAAAAAAGUAUCUUACGUCCAAUUAUACAUAUCAGAUAUAUCUGAUCGAUUAGUUUUAUUUCAUUUAUCUUUUUUUUUUAGUCUACUGAAAAUUUUGCAUAAUUUUUUUUUAUACCUCAAAUAUACUUUUUGCACUCGACUCAAUAAAUUCUAAUUACGAAGGAAAAACGGUGGCGAUCACAAUCUCGUAUCUUGGCUUUUUGUGAUAUUUUUGAAAUUGAUAAUACGUCAAAUUGAGCGGAUCGCGAGGAAAAGAAAAAUCUAUCUCUCUCCCUCUCUCUCGAUACUAUGUCCAUUUCUCCCAUCUCUUGCUCAUCUCCCGUUAUAAGUGCAACUCGCUCAGAUCCUCCUGGUAUUUUACACUUUAAAGUCUUUCGUGGUGCUUAUUAAGUUAUAGCUCGUUAUUAAGUUAUCAUACAUAAUGUAUAUCGACCGAUGUAAGAACAAAUAAAAGUAACGUCAGUGAUCGUGUAAUUUAGUCAUAGGUAUACGUUCCAUUGAUGAAAAUUAACUUUUC